AUGGUGAAGUCAAAGAUAUUUAUCCUGCUGGCAUUUACUGCGUUGGAUAUCAUAGGAUCUCUGGCAGGAGACCAAAAUGCUAGGCGUUUUGUAUGUCUGUUAUCGGACCCUCCCAAUCAAUGCAGUGCGUACUGUGUUUCAGCACUGCAGCCAGUGAUCAAUCACAUUACAAAAAAACAGCAGGACUCAAAUACCUGCGAAUCAAAACUUAAUGAAACCCAGGCCAAACUAAAUCAAAUAGGAAACCAGUUGACGGCGGCGCAGUUCCAAAUGACAGACCAGCAGACCUACCUUCAGACAAAUUUGACCCAGACUAUCCCACAGGACCUCAAGGAAAGACUGGAUAGAAUAGAAGGCAAUCAGACAGUCCUAGCAGGCAAACUUCAAGAAAUUAAGAGCAAUACGAAAAGUCAACUGACUGCCAUGCAGGAUAUACUAUCCAAAGUUGACCGGAGAACCAUGCUGCAGAACUAUCAACGGAUAGGAACCAGAUUAUUUUACAUAGAGCACAACAUAUAUGUGAAUUGGUGGACAGCAAUUUCAAUCUGUGCUGAGAUCGGUGGCCAUUUGGCGGCAUUCAAAAAUGAUCAAGAGUUUAACGCCAUAGCUAAGCAACUUAAGCAAGAAAACUACUGGUUGGGCAUAUCGGAUCCCAAAGAAAAGGGCGACUUUAGGACUGUGGCCACCGGCAAGCAAGCUCCCUAUUUUAAAUGGCGUUCAAACGAGCCAAAUUAUCGCAAGUUUGGUCGCAGCGAUGAGCACUGUGUUUACGUGUAUGGAGUCAGGAACUAUAUGAUAGUUUUAUCUUGUACCACAGAUCUUAUGCAUUUCAUUUGCCAAGCAGACAAUGAUGUGUAG